AUGGAAACCAAGAAGAGAAAGUUGGAAGAAGAUGACUACAACAAUGAUCAAUUGAAUCCUGCAAAUGUUGAUGAUGAUACUGGUGUAGAGCAACAACAGUUAGUGGUAGCCUUUACAAGUAAUCAAGGCUUACCAUAUCAGUUGCCGCCUCAUUUUGAUCUUGAUCCUAAUCGUGCUCCGUUGUAUAGGCCACAACUUCAUUUUGAUCCUGAUUUUAAUCGUGAUACGUUGUUUAAGCCACGACCUCAUUAUGGUGGUUUUGAUCCUGCUCCGCAACUUCAUUUUGGUUCCCUAAAUCAACCAGGAUCAAGUUUAAAUCCUACUAUUACUCAAGCCCCAUUGCAUCAGUCUCCGUCUCCUCGUGGUUCUAUAAAUCAACCAGGGUCAAGCACAAAUUCUGCUUUUAAUCGAGUCGUCCCAUUGCAUCAGUCUCAAUCUCCUCAUGGUUCCUUAAAUCAACCAAGGUCAAGUUUAAAUUCUACUUUCAAUCAAGUCGUCCCAUUGCAUCAGUCUCAAUCUCAGUCCGAGUCUCCUCAUGAUUCCUUGAAUCAACUAGGGUUAGGUUCAAAUUCUGCUUUAUAUCGAGUCCAAUUAUUGCAUCAAUCACAGCCUCCUCUUGAUUCCUUGAAUCAACCUAGGUCAAGUCCAAAUUCUGCUUUCAAUCAAACCUCAUUGCAUGAAUUGCAUCAGUCAUCGCAACCUCCUCAUGGUUCAUUGAAUCAACCUGGGUCAAGUCCAAAUUCUGAUUUCAAUCAAGCCCCAUUGCAUGAUUUGCAUCAGUCGCAACAUCCACAUGGUUCAUUGAAUCAUCUUGAGUCAAGUCCAAAUUCUGCUUGCAACCAAGCCCCAUUGCAUGAUUUACAUCAAUUGCAACCUCCUCAUGUUUCAUUGAAUCAACUUGGGUUAAGUCCAAAUUCUGCUUUCUGUCAAGCCCCAUUGCAUGAUUUACACCAGCCGCAACCUUCUGAUGGUUCAUUGAAUCAACCUGGGUCAAGUCCAAAUUAUGCUUUCAAUCAAUCUCCAUUGCAUGAUUUGCAUCAACCGCAGCCUCCUCAUGGUUCAUUGAAUCAACCUGGGUCAAUUCCAAAUUGUUCUUUCAAUCAAGCCCCAUUGCAUGAUUUGCAUCAGUCGCAACAUCCACAUGGUUCAUUGAAUCAACCUGGGUCAAGUCCAAAUUCUGCUUUCUAUCAAGCCCUAUUGUAUGAUUUGCAUCAGUCGCAGUAUCCUCAUGGUUUAUUGAAUCAACCUGGGUCAAGUACAAAUUCUGCUUUCGAUCAAGCCUCAUUGCAUAAUUUGCAUCAGUCGCAGCCUCCUCAUGGUUCAUUGAAUCAACCUGGUUCAAGUCCAAAUUCUGCUUUCAAUCAAGCCCCAUUGCAUGAUUUGCAUCAGUCGCAACCUCCUCACAGUUCAUUAAAUCAACCUGGGUCAAGUCCAUCUGUUUCCUAUCAAGCCCCAUUUCAUGAUUUGCAUCAUCCGCAGCUUCCUCAUGGUUCAUUGAAUCAACUUGGGUCAAGUCCAAAUUCUGAAUUCUAUCAAGCCCCAUUGCAAGAUUUGCAUCAAUCGCAGCCUCCUCAUGGUUUAUUAAACCAACAAAGGUUAAGUCCAAAUUCUGCUUUCAAUCAAGCCCCAUUGCAUGAUUUGCAUCAGUCGCAGCUUCCUCAUGGUUCAUUAAAUCAACUUGUGUCAAGUCCAAAUUCAGCUUUCGAUCAAGCCCCAUUACUUGAUAUGCAUCAGUCGCAGCCCCCUCAUGGUUCAUUGAAUCAACCUAGGUCAAGUCCAAAUUCUGCUUUCUAUCAAGCCCCAUUGCAUGAUUUGCAUCAGUCGCAACCUCCUCAUGGUUCAUUGAAUCAACCUGGGUCAAGUCCAAAUUCUACUUUCUAUCAAGCCCCAUUGCAUGAUUUGCAUCAGUCGCAGCCUCCUCGUGGUUCCUUGAAUCAACCAGGGUUAAGUUCAAAUUUUGCUUUAAAUCAAGCGCCAUUGCAUCAGUCGAAGCCUCCUCGUGGUCCCUUAAAUCAACCAGGGUCGAGAUUAAAUCCUGCUUUAAAUCAAGCGCCAUUGCAUCAGUCACAACCUCCUCGAGGUUCCUUGAAUCAACCAAGGUUAAGUUCAAAUCAUGCUUUCAAUCCAGCACUAUUGCAUCACUCACAGUAUCAUCGUGGUUCCUUGAAUCAACAAGGGUCAAGAUCAAAUCCUGUUGUCAAUCGAGCCCCAUUGCUUCAGAAUCUGCCUCCUCAGAGUAAUGAAGUGCAGCAUAACCCCCCUCCACCGCGUAGGAGUAAUCGAGAGUCUGACUCUAAGUUAAGGUUGAUGUCUUCACAACAGUCUUCGAAUCAUAUGGGAAAUAGGAUUAAUAUGAUGCUAGAUCUAGUGAAUGGUCUCAAAGCUAAUAUCGAAACUCUGGAGGCUGAGUUAUAUGCUAUGAAGCAAACAGUGCAGCCAAUUUUGCCUUCUACUGGUAACGCUGAUUCAACCAAUGUUCAUCCCCCGAGUGCUUUUCAUGGUGGUGGUGACUACAGAAGUCAACCUCAAUGGACAAAUGCUGAUUUUAAUUCGAGGCAAACAAAGAGGAGAGAAUCAGAAGAUAAUAUACAUAAAAUGAUUCCUUCAGUUGAUCGAUUUGGUACAGUUAUUUCAAGUAAUGUUUUGCUCUCGAGAGCUCAAGAUGGUGGCUAUGAUAAUGCAAAGCUGCCUUAUGCUCCUCUGGCUCAAAGAACCGGGAAUGGUCCUGGUUCGACCUCGGGAAAUAUUAUUGCUGGUGAUGAGUCCGAGGGGCCGGUCAGUAUGGCUGCAGGAGAAGUGUUUUCUGCAACUAAUACAGGUGAGGAAGAGAAUGCUGAUACUUCCUAA